UUCAGGCUGCAUUACAAGGAACAAGAUGCAAUGCACGACAGUUCUUACGGCCGCCAUAUUAUGUACAGUGGCAAGCGGUCAAGAAUAUGCUGGAUCUGCACAGUGCGGCUGUCUCGAAGUACCGGCUACCAGCACUAGACGGAGAGACAAAUUUUGCAGACCCCACCUGACAGACCCAGCCGAACGACGCAGAUACCGCAGUUGUGUCUGCAGGCUAGGACUUGUACGGAAUUCUUGGGGCGACUGCAUCACCAGACAAGAAUGUACGAGCUGCAAGUGCUUCCCCGACAGAGACUUCAACGUAUGUGGCCGGGAGUGCCCAUUGGUGUGCAACGAGCCUAUGAGCAGAUCAUGCUCAAAAUCAUGCGCAUUUGGGUGCGACUGCGUGUCUGGUUUUGUUCGGAGCUCCGGACAUAGGGGUCGCUGUGUCAAGGCAACGAAGUGCGGCUUCUCAUGCCCGCAGUUUUCAACCUUCCAGUUUUGUAGUUCCACCUGUAGGCCCAAGUGUGGCAGACGUCCAAGAAGGUCUUGCGUCACACGUUGUACAAGGGGUGACUGUGUCUGUAAUCAGGGUUACGCCGAAGUUGAGCACAAUGGCGAGACUAUCUGCGUGCCACAAGGGCAGUGCUCCCAAUAUGUGCAGUUGGCGCCACCGAUGACCCCUGGGGGUCACGGAAACAUGACCUCUGGUGGAGCUGUAUUUGUGCCGGGUACACCAACAAUGCCAGUGAACUCAGGAGUUAUUACGGGAGGAUCUGGUGGCAUACCAGUACCAGGUUCAGUUGGUAUUAAUGGUAACGUAGGUAGUGGAGUAUUUGUUCCGGCAGCACCGUCUACACCAGUAAUCCCAGGAGUUGUUACGGGAGGCGCUUCUGGCCCACCGCUACCAGGUUCAGUUGGCAAUAAUGGUUUUCUAAGUGCUGGAGGUAGCUCUGGCGGAAUAGUAUCGAUCCCGGGAGCACCAUCUACUCCAGUAAACACAGGAUUUGUUAUGGGAGGUGCUGCUGGUACACCAGUACCAGGUUCAGUUGGCAAUAAUGGAGCGUCACCAACCUCGAAUGUGCCUAGUGGAGGAACAGGCAGUGUAGGCCCAUCUGCAGGAGGAGGAUAUCAACCGGGAUUAUUUGGCAGUGGCGGCUUAUCACAUACUUUAGGCGGUGCUGGCGUGGGUACAUAUUCACCCGGAGGAGUAGCUAGUCGACUACCGGGAUCAAUAGACGCUCAAGGUCAACCAUCACGUGGUACUAGUGGAGUUGGCACCGUUGGCGGGGGUAUAUCUGUGGGCAACAAAAGACCUAACAUCGCUAUUGAAUCUGGUGAGAACACUGGUGUUGAUGCUGCGGGCAUUCCUAUAGCUGAAGGGGAAAUUCGACCAGGAGGUGGUGCGACAGCUGCUGGAAGGAUUCCGCCAAACGAGCAAAAUGGGAAUUCAGGAACAGGCGUGGUUGUCAUCGGGCUACUCCCCGGUAAGAUACCGCCGCAACAUAUUGCAAAUACUGGUGUAAAUAAUGUGGGAAUAAGUGGAGGGAAUAUUGGUCAUGGCGGGGUUGACUCAUUGAGGCCUACUACACCCGGAAUAAAUAUCGAAAAAACACGCCCGUCUGGAACAGUAACGUCAGCGUCAGGUAGUCUAUCGGUAGGCACAACAGGUAUACCCAUAAUAAAUAUCCCUGCAUCUGGAAAUCCGAGCAAGCCUGUUAUAGCCAGCCCCUCCCCGCCACCUAAUCUGACCAGUCCUGUCUACUCAGGCACCACCGUAUCUGUUGUAACUCCUGCGGGAACAGUUAGUGUGAGCAAAGUACCCUCAGUCGCCUCAGUAGAAGCAGGUACAGUAAGUAAUGGCUUGAAUGGCAAUGUAGCAGUUUCCGCGGCCAUUCCAAGUGCGAAUUCGGCGACAACUGGAAGUACGUUACAGCCUGUGGGGACAACUACACUGACUGGGACCUCACUUGGUAAUAAUGUACUUGGGGUAAUAGGCAAUGGUAAACCAAACGCGCCUUCACUGGCACCUGCAGGACCAAGUGGCACUAUUAUUAUUGCACUCCCCGCAGGAACUCCCAGCUUAACCAGCCUCACAGGUGUGAGCCCACAAUCAUCAGGUAUGGGUUCACCUGGUGUUAACUCAGGUAUUCCCUCUGGUACAAGUAGCGCAGUGUCUACUGGAAUAGCAGCAACUGGAGGAAUCACAAAUGGUAUGCCAAUCGUUGGAGUACCUACAACAGGUAUGGUCACGGGGACUUCGGUAGGCGAUAAAACAGCUUCAAUGUCUUCUGUGGGGACAACGUUGGGGACUAUAUCUGGAGGCGUAAAUGGAGCAAAUAGUUUUGGCCCGAAUACGCGUAGCGGAGCCUCUAUUACUACUCAGCCAGCUGCCCUUACCUUGCCUGUAUCUGCGGGUAUUGCGACAGCUGGUACUGCAGCAGUCAUAGGUGGUGCGUUGGGCGGACCUGCAGCCAUUCCCAUGACAGUUGCCACAAUGCGUGCUACUGGAACCAUGGCUAAUAAUAGCGCAGCUCAGUAAUGCUACAAGAUGCGGUUCCCAUAAACAUUCCCAUUUAGUACACGGUAGAACUACCGUUGCAGGUGUGUAGGCCUCAUGCAGUUUCUUCUAAUAAGUUUUACUUUACUUCCUGUUAUAAUAAUUCCGUAUUCCAUAGCGACUUUCAUCAUUUCACUUCAAUACGACUAAUAAAGAAGCAUUCACGGGAAAGCACGAGAUAUUAAAAGGAGAAAGUUCUCUUUAGCUGCCUGAUCCGCUAUUUGGUGUUGUCAACCUCGAUGUGGUCCAUUAAAAUUAACUUUGUCUUAUUUAUUGUUUCAUACUUGCAUGCAGAGUAUUCAGGAUGGGUUGAUGAGCAAGCAUAUAAGUUUCAAUAAAGUGACUGAAAUGA